GAAAGGAAAGAGAGAGAGUGAGAGACAACUAUGGCAGUGCCCUUGGUCUUCUUCCUCUUUCUCUUCCUUCUCAUCUUCAGAUUCGUUUACACUAAUCUAUGGAUCCCUUGGAGGCUCCAAUCUCAUUUCAACAGGCUUCGCUUAACGGGACCUCGUUACCGGAUAUUCACCGGAAACUCGUCGGAAGUUACCCGUUUAACAGCCGAAGCGAAGUCAAAGCCGAUACCUUCCGGAGACAACAACCCUCACGAGUUCGUACACCGUGUGGCGCCUCACUACCACAACUGGUCACGCGCCUACGGGAAGACUUUCCUCUACUGGUUCGGUACCAAACCGGUGGUUGCCACGUCGGAUCCGAAACUAAUCAGGGAAGCUUUGAAGAUCAAGUCGUUUGAUCGUAUCGGACAUAACCCUUUGUCUAAGCUUCUUUACGCUCAGGGUCUUCCUGGGCUUCGAGGUGAUCAAUGGGCUUUCCAUAGAAGAAUCGCUGUUCAAGCUUUCACCAUGGAUAAAGUCAAGAGGUGGGUGCCGCAAAUGGUGGCAAGUACUUUGAUGUUUCUGGAGAAAUGGGAGGAGAUGAGAAAUGGAGAAGAGGAGGUUGAGCUAGAUGUACACAAAGAGAUACACAGUUUGUCUGCACAUAUGUUAUCAAGAACAGCUUUUGGUAACAACGUAGAAGAAGGAAAACGAAUCUUUGCGUUGCAAGAGCGUAUGAUGCGUCUCUUCUACCUAGUCCGAUGGAGCAUUUACAUCCCCGGGUACAGAUUCUUGCCUUCCAAGACUAAUAGAGAGAUAUGGAGUAUUGAGAAACAAAUCCGUGGUUCUAUCCUGGGACUCAUCGAGAAAAACAAGACAAGAGACGCGGAGAUAGCAGGAACCCUGCUUCAGGCUUUUAUGUCUCCUUACGUCAAUCAGAAUGGUCAAGAGGAGAAGCUUGGGAUUGAAGAAGUUAUAGAUGAGUGCAAGACUUUCUACUUUGCAGCCAAAGAAACAACUGGUGAUCUCAUGACAUGGGUGUUAGUCCUCUUAGCUAUGCAUCAAGAAUGGCAAAGCACUGCUCGAGAAGAAGUUAUACGUGUCCUUGGACCUAACGGGCUUCCCACACCAGACAUCUUACAAGACCUCAAGACAUUAGGUAUGAUAAUCAAUGAGACGCUUCGGCUCUACCCUCCAGCGAUGACACUAAACCGUGACACACUCAGGAAAGCUAAGCUAGGAAGCCUCGAGAUUCCUGAAGGAACUCAACUGUACUUAUCGGUUGUCGCGAUGCACCACGACAGAGAGGCAUGGGGAGAAGACGCGGAGGAGUUUAACCCGGGUAGGUUUGAAGACACCAGGAAAGAAUCAGCUCUGCUUGUGCCGUUUGGGUUAGGGGUGAGGACUUGCGUGGGACAGAACCUCGCAGUGGUUGAGGCCAAAACAGUUCUUGCCACGAUCUUGAGGCAUUACAGUUUCAGGUUGUCUCCAAGUUAUGUCCAUGCUCCUGUUUUGUUUGUGACCUUGCAGCCUCAAAAAGGUGCUCAUCUUCUCUUUAGUAGGAUUUAAAGUUCUAAAAAAAAUGAUUAUGAAGAUUGUACCGGUUUAGUGUUGAGUGUUGACUCCUUUGAAUCUUCCUUAUGGCUUAUGCCUUUAAUAAUGCUUGUUAUGCAAGAAACAAGCUAGUCUGGUUUCAUCUGUGGUUAUAAUUUUAAAUUAUGAAAUUAUUAUAAUUAUU